AUGUCCGCCACUCACGACCCCACCGCCGUCGGCGCCCACUCCAAGGGCCACGACCUCACUCCCCAGCAGAAGAUCGACACCCUCCUCGAGAUCACCAAGCACAUUGGCACUGGAAUGCUCACCUCGCGCUCUCCCGAUGGCAAGCUCGCCUCUCGCGCCAUGGCCCCUGCCACCACCGAAGGCCUCGUCUUCUCGUUCUACAUGAACACCGAUUCUGGCAAGACCGACGACGUCGAGACCGACCCCCAGGUCAACGUCGCCUACUUUGAUCCCAAGACCACCGACUGGGUCUCCAUCUCUGGCAAGGCUGUCCUCAACCGUGACUCGGGCAAAAUCAAGAAGCACUGGUCCAAGAGCCUCACCGCUUGGUUCGACGACAAGAAGGACGGCAAGCACACGGGUGACCACAACGAUCCCAGGGUGGUCUUGCUCGAUGUGCACCCGGAGGAGAUCAGGGUGUUCAAGGCGGAUGGAAAGCUGAGUGCGCUUGCCCAGACCGCCAAGGCGGCUGUCAGCGGUCACGCUGCUAGCCCGGGUAAGCUCAUUAUCAUUACCAGCCAGGAGAUCCAGCUCGCUUCGCCCGCACACAAGGUUGCUUGA